GAUCAAUGCCAUUUUUACCCAGAGGUCAGCUAAACAGACGCUGUGGAGUCUGGAUAAGCCGGGCAGACGGGGUCCAAUGCUUCUCCUCAUUCUAAGAUGAAUGUAUGGAAGGUUGCUACCAUCGGCCUGAUUCUCUGUGGUGCUGCACUCCCCCUCCUCCUAUUUAAAUCCACACACUCUUCCAGAGCCCCGCCCCUUCCUCCCCACCACAGAGAUUCAUCCUCAUCUCUAUCAUCAUCAUCAUCCUUAUUUACACCCUCCAACUCCUCGUCCUCAACUGGGUCAGGUGGGCGGCAGCGGAGAGUCAGAUCAACUGAAGGAGGAAACUCUCUUGUCUCAGAAUUCAUGGAGAUGUUCCAGAGCUUCACAGAGGGCGAGCUGAAGCAGAUAAUUGGAACGCUGGUGGAAAGAAAAGCCCAUAGAGAUGCCCAGCAAAGCAAAAGGACUAAGCGUGCAAAAAAGCGGAUCAAACCGUGCUCGCUUCGGGAAGUGGAAGUGACGGUCAGUCAGCUUGGGCUGGGCUAUGUCAGUGACGAGACUGUAGUCUUCCAUUACUGCAGUGGGAAAUGUACCGCUAGCCGCAGAAACUAUGAUCUGACAUUAGCGUUUAUGAAACGCUCGCGUCUGCUCACCAGGGAACAGAGGGAGAAGGCUCGCCACAGCCCCUGCUGUCGACCCACUGCGUAUGAGGAGGACAUCUCCUUUCUCGAUAACUCUAAUCGAUAUCACACAAUCCACGAGUUUUCAGCCCAGGAGUGUGGAUGUGUCUGA